AUGGAUACAUACAAUCUAACUGAGCUGAAAGAAUUCAUUCUAAUGGGAAUCACAGACAUCCCUGAGCUUCAGGCCCCUUUAUUUGGGCUUUUUCUCAUUGUAUACUUGGUUGCCUUGUUGGGAAACUUGGGUUUGAUCAUCCUUACCAAAACAGAUUCCAGGCUGCAGACACCCAUGUACUUUUUCCUCAGACACCUGUCUUUUACUGAUCUUGGUUAUUCAACAGCUGUGGGACCCAAAAUGUUAAUAAAUUUCGUUGUUGAUCGACCCACCAUUUCCUACAGUUGGUGUUCUAUCCAGCUCACCUUCUUCAGCCUGUUUAUCACUACUGAAGUUUUCAUUCUCUCAGCAAUGGCCUAUGAUCGCUAUGUAGCCAUCUGUCACCCGCUGAUGUACAUGACCAUCAUGUCUCAAAGGUUGUGCCACGUGCUGGUGGCAGCACCUUAUCUCUACAGUAUAUUUUUAUCUUUACUGACAAUUAUUAAAAUUUUUAUUUCAUCCUUUUGUGGCCAUAAUGCCAUCAGGCAUUUCUACUGUGAUAGCCUGCCAUUGAUAUCUUUGCUAUGCUCAGACACACAUGAAAUUAAACUGAUCAUUCUAAUAUUUGCAACUUUUAAUUUGGUUUCUUCUCUUCUGGUAGUUUCUGUGUCCUACAUUCUUAUCCUUGUGGCCAUCCUCAAGAUGAACUCUGCCGCAGGAAGGCACAAGGCGUUCUCCACUUGUGGAUCCCACUUGACAGUGAUAGUCAUAUUCUAUGGGACUCUUUUCUUUAUGUAUGUGCAACCCAAGUCCAGUCACACAUUUGAGACUGGUAAAAUGGCCUCUGUGUUCUAUACCUUGGUUAUUCCUAUGUUGAAUCCCAUGAUCUACAGUUUGAGGAACAAAGAAGUAAAACAGGCCUUGCAUAGAAAGUGGAAACUGUGUGCAAAUAUUCUGAUUAAAUUGUAA